AGCACAUAUGAACGGUGCAAUUUAGAGUAACAAUUCAUAUUUAAAGCAAACUUCCAAGCAAUACGUUGAGCCGCAUCCGACAGUGGACCGUUUAGCUCCAAACCUAAUUCCGAUUUCCUUUUAGAAAAUUGUGCACCCGUGAUUUCAUCAACUUGGAUUAGUUUGUUUAAUAGCAAUUUUUUCCAAGUAUUAAUAAUAAUAACAACAAUCAGAACAUAACUUAAUUCAAUAUGUCAGUGAUAUCAGGUCCUCGUUUUGCUGCAUAUGGCAGUGGUGGUUGGUCGAGUGGUAUGGGCAACCAAACGGUUGUCGACAAAGUACCCCCUGAAAUGUUGCAUAUGGUUGAUGCACAUUGGUAUCAAUUUCCACCAAUGAACCCACUUUGGCAUGGUAUUCUCGGUUUUGUUAUUGGAUGUCUUGGGAUGGUUUCAAUUCUCGGAAAUGGUAUGGUCGUUUAUAUUUUCACUACAACCAAAGCUCUUCGUACGCCAAGUAAUCUUUUGGUUGUCAAUCUUGCAUUCAGCGAUUUUCUUAUGAUGUUCACCAUGGCACCACCCAUGGUCAUCAAUUGUUAUUAUGAAACUUGGGUCUUUGGCCCAUUAAUGUGUGAACUAUAUGCAUGUGCUGGCUCCCUGUUCGGAUGUGGCUCCAUUUGGUCUAUGACAAUGAUUGCCUUUGAUAGAUACAAUGUAAUUGUUAAAGGGUUAUCUGCUAAACCUAUGACCAUCAAUGGUGCUCUUCUUCGUAUUCUUGGUAUUUGGAUAUUUUGUCUUGGAUGGACUAUAGCACCAUUAUUUGGUUGGAAUCGAUAUGUACCUGAAGGUAAUAUGACCGCUUGCGGUACAGAUUAUCUUACCAAAGAUUGGCUAUCAAGAUCAUACAUUUUGGUUUAUAGUGUAUUCGUAUACUAUUUACCACUUUUCCUGAUUAUCUACAGUUACUUUUUCAUUUUAAAAGCAGUUACUGCUCAUGAAAAAAAUAUGCGAGAACAAGCAAAGAAAAUGAAUGUUGCAUCACUUCGAUCUCAAGAAAAUCAGAAUACCAGUGCUGAAUGCAAACUUGCUAAGGUUGCAUUAAUGACAAUUUCUCUUUGGUUCAUGGCAUGGACUCCAUACUUAGUGAUCAACUAUGCUGGUGUAUUCGAAAGUGCUAGAAUUAGCCCGCUUUUCACCAUCUGGGGAUCUGUUUUCGCCAAAGCAAAUGCUGUUUACAAUCCAAUUGUCUAUGGUAUCAGUCAUCCUAAAUACCGUGCAGCACUUCAUGCAAGAUUUCCAUCAUUGGCCUGUGGUGGUAAUUCGAACCAAAGUGAUGCUGUUUCCACUACUACCACCGUUACUGAUGGAGAGAAGGCUAAUGCAUAAAUACAUCAUUACUAUUUUCUAAUUCAAAAGGUAAAGAAUCGAAAUUAAGACCAUUCAAAGACUCGAUUUUAUAAAUUUAACAUCGUAAAAUAAAUUCACCACUCAAAUGGAUAACUGUGUGAAAAUCAAUGAGAAAAAUUGCAAUUCAACUUAUUGAAUGAUAUUAUCGAUGAUUGAAUAAAUGCACGGUAUAUUUUAUUAUCUAAGAACUGUAUAUACAACUUAUUGAAAUUAAUUUUAAAUGUAUGAGGUAGAGGAUGUAAGAACAAGAGAAUUUUUAAUGAUAACAUCAAAUUAUAAAUAAAUAAUUAUCAAGGAUUGGUAAUUUUAUUUAUCAUUCAAAAUUGAUAGUAAAUGUAUUCUGACUAUUAUGCAGUUUACGAAUCGUCUAGCACCACUAUUCGAAACGUUUACACUACAUGUAUAGGCUGAAUGCCAUUUUUUAUCAAUUUUAAUGAUUUUUUUCAACAAUAAAUACACUGAAUCGAAUUGCAGUCAAUACUGUAUCUGCUGUUUAUUUUGUAUAAGUAAAUAAACCCUUCAGGCAAUCUUAAA